AUGUCCACCACAAGGGGUGACAAGAUACGUCCACCACAAGGGAGUGACAAGAUAGGUCCACCACAAGGAAGUGACAAGAUAGGGAGUGACAAGAUAGGUCCACCACAAGGAAGUGACAAGAUAGGUCCACCACAAGUGAGUGACAAGAUAGGUCCCCCACAAGGAAGUGACAAGAUAGGUCCUCCACAAGUGAGUGACAAGAUAGGUCAGUCACAAGUGAGUGACAAGAUAGGUCCACCACAAAUUAGUGACAAGAUAGGUCCUCCACAAGGGAGUGACAAGAUAGGUCCACCACAAGUGAGUGACAAGAUAGGUCCCCAACAAAGGAGUGACAAGAUAGGUCCCCCACAAGGAAGUGACAAGAUAGGUCCACCACAAGGAGUGACAAGAUAUGUCCACCACAAGGAGACUGACAAGAUAGGUCCACCACAAGUGAGUGACAAGAUAGGUCAGUCACAAGGGAGUGACAAGAUAGGUCCCCCACAAGGAAGUGACAAGAUAGGUCCACCACAAGGGAGUGACAAGAGAGGUCCACCACAAGUGAGUGACAAGAUAGGUCAGUCACAAGGGAGUGACAAGAUAGGUCCACCACAAGGGAGUGACAAGAUAGGUCCACCACAAGUGAGUGACAAGAUAGGUCCCCCACAAGGAAGUGACAAGAUAGGUCCACCACAAGGAGUGACAAGAUAUGUCCACCACAAGGAGAGUGACAAGAUAGGUCCUCCACAAGUGAGUGACAAGAUAGGUCAGUCACAAGGGAGUGACAAGAUAGGUCCACCACAAGGGAGUGACAAGAUAGGUUCGCCACAAGGGAGUGACAAGAUGUGUCAACCACAAGUGAGUGACAAGAUAGGUCCCCAACAAAGGAGUGACAAGAUAGGUCCACCACAAGGGAGUGACAAGAUAGGUCCACCACAAGUGAGUGACAAGAUAGGUCCCCAACAAAGGAGUGACAAGAUAGGUCCCCCACAAGGAAGUGACAAGAUAGGUCCACCACAAGGAGUGACAAGAUAUGUCCACCACAAGGAGUGA